AUGCUCCGAAGUCGCCCGGCCACCCAGGCCUUGAGAAAUCUCAGCCAAACUCGCUCUUUUACCACAAAGACUCGCGCUGCUACCGCUGCCGUCGUCAACUCACAGUCAAAGUCGCCUGCUUCGAAGAGGAAUCAGACCACCUCUGCUGCCACAAAAACUCGCGAUAUCCCUAGCCCUGCUUUCCAGGCCGCCGACAAGGACCGAAGCCAUGUCCAACCCCUGGUCAACCCCAAAAGUCCUGAGAUGGACGAAUCGUUUAUCGGAAAGACUGGUGGCGAAAUUUUCCACGAGAUGAUGCUGAGACAUGGGGUGAAGCACGUGUUUGGAUACCCCGGUGGUGCUAUUCUCCCCGUCUUCGAUGCCAUCUACAACUCAAAACACUUCGAAUUUAUCCUCCCCAAGCAUGAGCAAGGUGCUGGCCACAUGGCCGAGGGUUACGCCCGGGCUUCUGGCAAGCCUGGCGUUGUCCUCGUGACAUCUGGUCCUGGUGCGACCAACGUGAUAACUCCAAUCCAGGACGCCUUCUCUGACGGAAUUCCCCUCGUUGUCUUCUCUGGCCAAGUCCCAACCGCUGCUAUCGGUUCGGACGGUUUCCAAGAAGCUGAUAUUGUGGGCAUCUCCCGGGCUUGCACCAAGUGGAAUGUCAUGGUCAAGAACGUUGCAGAGCUGCCUCGCCGCAUUAACGAGGCCUUUGAAAUCGCCACCUCCGGCCGCCCUGGCCCCGUCCUCGUGGAUCUCCCCAAGGAUGUCACUGCUGGUGUCCUCCGACGCGCCAUUCCUACCGAGGUCGUCCUCCCAGGUGUCCCUAGCCCGGCCAGCCGCGCAGCCAUGGAGCUAUCUCGCCAGCAGAUGCAGGGCGCCUUAAAACGUGUUGCCGACCUCAUCAACGUCGCCAAGCAGCCCAUCAUCUACGCCGGCCACGGUAUUGUCCAGUCCGAGGGCGGCUCUGAGCUUCUGAGGGAGCUCGCUGACAAGGCCUCGAUCCCCGUCACCACCACCCUGCACGGCCUGGGCGCAUUCGACGAGCUUGACGAAAAGGCUCUGCAUAUGCUUGGUAUGCACGGAUCGGCCUAUGCCAACAUGUCUAUGCAGAACGCCGAUCUCAUCAUCGCUCUCGGUGCCCGCUUCGAUGACCGUGUCACCCUGAACGUUUCCAAGUUCGCUCCUGCCGCCAAGGCUGCUGCUGCUGAGGGCCGUGGAGGCAUUGUUCACUUCGAAAUCAUGCCCAAGAAUAUCAACAAGGUCGUGCAAGCUACCGAGGCUAUCGAGGGUGAUGUUGCUACUAACGUCCGAAACCUCAUUCCUCUUGUCAACAAUAAGUCGAUGGAGGAGCGAAGCGCUUGGUUCGGCAAGAUCAACGGGUGGAAGAAGGAGUAUCCCCUGAGUCACUAUGAGCGAUCCGAGCGUGGUGAAUUGAUCAAGCCCCAGACCCUGAUCGAGGAGCUCAGCAACGUGACUGCUGAUCGAAAGGACAAGACCUACAUCACCACUGGUGUUGGUCAGCACCAAAUGUGGACGGCCCAGCACUUCCGAUGGAGACACCCUCGCACCAUGAUCAGCUCUGGAGGCCUUGGCACCAUGGGCUUCGGUCUGCCUUCUGCCAUUGGUGUCAAGGUUGCCAAGCCCGAUUCCCUGGUCAUCGACAUUGACGGUGAUGCUUCGUUCAACAUGACUCUUACUGAGCUCUCCACUGCAGCUCAGUUCAACAUUGGUGUGAAGGUCAUUGUGCUGAACAACGAGGAGCAAGGCAUGGUCACUCAGUGGCAGAACCUCUUCUACGAGGAUCGCUAUGCCCACACCCACCAGGCCAACCCCGACUUCCAGUUGCUUUCCAAAGCCAUGGGCGUCCAGUGCCGCAAGAUCUCCAAGCCCGAGGAGGUCGUUGAGGCCCUCGAGUGGCUGAUCAACACCGACGGUCCCGCCCUUUUGGAGGUCAUGACCGACAAGAAGGUCCCUGUCUUGCCCAUGGUGCCUGCAGGAUCAGGCCUCCACGAGUUCCUCGUCUGGGAUGGAGAGAAGGACAAGAAGCGACGCGAGUUAAUGCGUGAGAGAACGGGUGGUCUACAUGGUUAA